AAAAAUAAAAAUAAAAAAAAAAAAUCAAUUUGAGAAUUUUCAAACCUUUAACAUUAUAUACUUAAGAGACCAUAAUCACAUUAUGACAGACCAUAAAAUAACCAAGAAAGGGAGAAUACCGGGCAGACAUAUCAAGCAUACAUCAAAUAUACGGAUCCAACCCGUUAUAGAGAGAGAAACUACAUUUUUAGUAAAGAGUUCUACCCCAUUUAUAUCAGCCGUUAAAAAGAUUCAAAAAUUAUUAGAUAAAUUUGAUAAAUCAUUAAUAUCAUCCAAUUCUCGAACUAGAGCUAAAACGAAAUAUCAGAAUGGUGAAUAUAAGAACAUAAAUUAUAUAGUAGUGAAGGGAAUGGGGAAAACGAUUGAAAAGACUCUUAGUUUGGGAUUACAUUUCGAUAAAGAAUUACAUUACCAAGUAGAUAUCAUAACGGGAAGUGUCCAAGUAUUGGAUGAGUUUAAAGAACAAAAUGAAGAACAAGAUGAAGAAGAAGAAGGAGAUGAGUUUAAUGAUAGUAUAUAUAAGAAGCGUAUGGUGAGUAAUAUUGAAUUAAGAAUUUGGUUGAAGCGUUAAAAUUAAAAGAUAUCGUAAAUUCAUUAUAUUCUAUAUACAUAUAGAGAAGAUUAUAGACAU